UCGUGACGGCACUGCUCAGCCUUAAGGUAAUCAAUCCCUCAAGAAAAGGCAGGCGUCGCCUUGUGAUAGCACUAUCCAACCUUAAGAUGCUCUAAAGUUUCAUAGCAUUAGCCUUAUCUGAGGACAAGCAACUCUAUUAGACCUUACGAUUAUCUUACUUCUGUUUUAGUUAUUUUUACAUACCUAACCCAUGCCCGACCAUAGUAUACGUCGCAACGGGCUCACGCAACUCUCUAGCCCUGCAAGUGAAUCAUGCGAAGUCAACAUUAUUCUUGUACACGGGUUAAGGGGUCACCCGCAGACAACUUGGGAAGAUAACUCGACUGAAAAAGGCAAACAAGCUGCGCCCACAACACGAGACAAGAUCUCAAAGCGAAUUUCACGCCUGACAAGUCUUGUAUCGGCUCACAAUGAAAAAUCGAACGAAGAAGAAGAAAACGAAAACCAUGGGACCUCGUCGAAACAGCAUAAGGUAUUCUGGCCACGAGACUAUCUCGCAGAGGAUUUCCCCAAGGCGAGAGUAUGGACAUACGGGUAUAACGCCGAUGUCAUUGGGGUCUUUGAAGCAAAUAAUAAGAACAGCAUAUCGCAACACGGUCAAGAUUUUACCGUCCGGAUUGAGCGCAAUAUUAAGGGCAAGGGAUUCCACGAACCGAUCAUAUUUAUUGCACACAGCCUCGGCGGAAUUAUCGUCAAAGAUGCAAUAUGGAGAUCAAAUAUCUGUAGUUCACAAACGAAGCUCAUUAUUUUCCUUGGGACACCUCACCGAGGUACCCCGGCGGCAGCAUGGGGAACUAUCGCAUCAAACCUGGCCGCACUUGCCCUACAUGACUCUAACAAGAAAAUUGUCAGGACUCUACAAGUUAAUAGCGAAGUCCUCGACAAUAUUCACUUCCAGUUCAAAAACAAAGUUAGUGAAAAGGGUAUUAUGAUUCACUCAUUCCAGGAAGCGAGAGGCAUAUCAGGUGUGAAAGGACUCGAGGGCAAGGUGGUGAACGAUGAUUCUUCAAAAGUCGACUUACCGGAAACGCUCGAAGUAGUUGAGACACUUGAUGCAGACCAUAUGCAGAUGGCAAGGUGCAGCAACAGGGCAGACCAACAGUAUGACAGUAUCUCCGGGGUCAUCCAACUAUUCAUCGCUGGGGGCCUUCAAAGGAGUGUUCCUCAAAGUAUUCACCAAGAUAUCGCUAGUAAAUCCCUUUAUCAUAUUCCGCACCUCAGAAAUGAACUUUUUGGCGGUCGAGACCAAAUUCUAGAAGAAAUCGAAAACCACUUUUUCGUCAAGAAACGCCGGAAAUUGGCAGUUCUUGGCCUGGGAGGUGUCGGGAAAACCCAAGUGGCCCUGGAGUUCGCGUACCGGUUGCGAGACCGCAAGCCCGAGUAUUCUGUCUUCUGGGUGCUAGCACAGAGCCAAGCAACUUUUGAGCAAUCGUAUGCGGGCUUGGCCAAGUUGCUUCAGAUAUCCGGUGAAGAGGACCAGAAAAUACUGGUAAAGCAACAUCUCAGCUCCGAGAAUGCCGGGAAGUGGCUUCUAAUCGUCGAUAAUGCGGACGAUCACGAAGCAACAUUUCGAUCGAACGAUUCAACUGGUAUGAUCAAAUACCUACCUCAAAAUAACCACGGCUUAACCCUCUUCACCACACGCUCACGAGAAGUAGCCGUGGACGUAGCGAUAAACAACGUGAUCGACCUCGGAGAAAUGAACCCCGAAGAGGCAAAAAGUCUCUUCAGAUCAUAUAAGACAGCAGAUCAGCCCGACCAAAAUGAAACGAUAAUUGAGGAACUAGUUAAGGAACUUACGUAUCUUCCCCUUGCCAUCGUACAGGCCGCUUCAUAUAUGAACAAGAAUAUGAUGUCAGUCGAGAAGUACCUUGGCCUGUUACGGGGUGAAGAACGGAACAUCGUUAACCUAAUGGAACGGGCUUUCUAUGACGAUACCCUAGAUAUGCCCCGGGCAGUUCUAAAGACGUGGACUGUGUCUUUUGAACAAAUUCGACAGUGCGAUCCCAUCGCAGCAAAGACGUUCUCGUUUAUGGCUUGCCUCGAUCCGAAAGCUAUCCCACAAUCGCUUUUACCCGCCCAACAGCCGGAGGUGGACUUCGAACAUGCGAUUGGUACACUUUUGGGGUACGCAUUUAUAACUCGACAAGAGAAUGGUUCUAUGUUUGAUAUGCAUAGGCUGGUACAUAUAGCGAUACGAGCAUGGUUGCAGGACCAUGACCUAAAACGAAUAAGAACCGACGCGAUUACUUAUCUCUCGCCGAUUCUGUCAUACGAAGACCUAGCAGAUGAGCUAUGGAGAGAAUAUAUGCCACAUGCUUUACGUUUGCUUGAAGAAAAUAGAGAUUGCCAAACGAGGGAGAUAUAUGAAUUAUCUUGCAACGUUGGAGCGUAUCUCAACUACGCCAGACGAUUUAGAGAAGCAAUCAAAGUAUUAAGUGAAGCUUUUGCGUGGAGAAAAGAACACAAUUUUCAAGACAAUAUCCUACCACACCCAUUAGAGACCUAUUUAGCAGAUGCAUAUGUUGAAAUAGGACAGGAUCAGGACGCGAUUGAGUUAUUGGAACCCGUGGUGGUGGUUGAGGAUGAGAGCCCCGCUCAAGUGAAAAUGCAAUCCAUAUUGGCAGGAGCAUACAGUACCACUAAACAGGCUGAGAAGGCGAUCAAGAUAUAUGAGCGUAUUGCGGUCAUCCGAGGGACAUUACCAGAAGACCACCCCGAUCGAUUAUCAGUAACACAUCAGCUAGCAUCAGCAUUCAGUAUGAAUGGUCAAACAGAGGAUGCGAUUAAGAUGUUUAAGGAUAUUAUAUCCAUCGACAGAAAAGUUUUGGAGAAGGAGCAUAUCGACCUACUAACAACAGAGCAUGAACUGGCAGUGGCAUAUUAUAGAAACGGCCAGUUUGGGGAAACGGUCAGCAUACUUGAGCGCAUUAUACCUAUUAUAAGGAAGAACUUGGCAGAAGACGAUCCUUUUUGCCUCUUAUCACAAAAACGGUGUGCCGACGCGUAUCGUAAGACUAACCGGGUUAAAGAAGCGAUCGAGUUAUAUGAGCAUGUCAGAACAUUAUAUAAGAAGAUGCUAGCAGAGGACGACAAACAGUUACUCGCCUUGGAGCAUAACUUAGCAAUCGCCUACCUGGAGAAUGGACAGCUUAAAAAAGGAAUUCACCUGCUUAAGCAUAUUAUCACUGUUGACAAAGCAAUAUUGCCUGAAGAUGACCUUUCUCGACUACAAUCGGAAAAAGAGCUGGCAAAAGCAUAUAUCGAUUCCGGCGAGAUUGAGAAUGCAAUCGAGAUACUUGAGCGCGUGGUUGCGAUAUUAUCAACCACAGUCGAUGAAGAUGACGAAGACUUGAUCAGAUCACGAAAAUUACUCGCUAAGGCACAUGGCAAGCGUUGAGUGUUCUUAUUUCUUUAAACUAUAACUCAACUUGUAUAUAGUAUGAGCAACGAUAUUUACGCAGUAUUAUAAUGGAAUUGCAUUCAUAGUAACACAUUAAACUUACUAGUAUGAGCUUGUAUUUAACAUAGCGACCAUCUUCGGACUUUGUCCUAUUCAACACCCUCUACAGACGUUAGGGUUACCUAAUAU